AUGCCCAAGCCCCACCAAGCCUCGCCGCCGCCGACGCCGCUCCCGCUCUCGCUCGCCAUCCUCCCGCCGCGGACCUGCCCGCUCGCCGCCGCGCUCCUGGCGCUGCUCUCGCUCCUCCUCGCCACCGCGCUCUGGCUCGCGCUCGUGCUCUCCCCGGCCCAGGCCUCCCUGGCAUCCUCCUCCUCCUCCGCGCUGUCGUACGCCGCGGCGGCAGCGGAUGAGGCGCUCUCCACCGCCGACGCGUCCUCCCCGCUCUCGCUGGGCCACAUCGUGUUCGGGAUCGCGGGCUCGGCGCACCUCUGGCCGCGCCGCCGCGAGUACGUGCGCCUCUGGUGGGACCCAUCCUCCAUGCGCGGCCACGUCUGGCUCGACGCCGCCGGCGCGCCGGGGCCCAGCGCGCCCGGGGAGGGCUCGCUCCCGCCGAUCCGGGUGUCCGAGGACACCGCCCGCUUCCGGUACACCAACCCGACGGGCCACCCCUCGGGGCUCCGGAUCGCGCGCAUCGCUGCCGAGGCCGUGCGGCUGGUGGGUGGCGGCGGGGCCGCGCGGUGGGUGGUGCUCGUGGACGACGACACCGUGCUGUCCCCGGACAACCUGGUGGCCGUGCUCGGGAAAUACGACUGGAGGGAGAUGGUCUACGUCGGGGCCCCGUCCGAGAGCCACUCCGCCAACACCUAUUUCAGCCACGGCAUGGCCUUCGGAGGCGGCGGCGUCGCGCUCAGCUUCCCGCUCGCCGCGGCGCUAGCGCGGACGCUCGACGUCUGCAUCGAGAGGUACCCCAGGCUCUAUGGGAGCGACGACCGACUCCAUGCUUGCAUUACCGAGCUCGGCGUGCCCCUUUCCCGGGAGUAUGGAUUCCAUCAGUGGGAUAUCAGAGGCAAUGCCCAUGGUAUAUUGGCUGCUCAUCCAAUCGCUCCUUUCGUCAGCAUCCACCAUGUGGAGUUUGUGGAUCCUAUAUAUCCGGGUUUAAACUCUCUUGAGAGCUUGGAGCUCUUUACAAAGGCUAUGAAAACAGAACCCAUGAGCUUCUUGCAGCGUUCAGUUUGCUAUGAUGUAAAACAGAAGCUUACAUUUGCCAUCUCUCUGGGUUAUGUUGUUCAAGUGUACCCCAGUGUUCUUCUUCCUCCUGAAUUGGAGCGAUCCGAGCGGACCUACAUUGCUUUUAAUAGGAUGAGCCAGAGAACUGAAUUCGAUUUUGACACUAAGGAAAUUCAGAAAUCUAUGUGCAAGAAGCCAGUCUUAUUUUUCUUGAAGGAUGUUUGGAAGGAUGGGAACAUAACGAGAGGCUCUUAUAUAAGAUCAACCAAUCGGGAUGACCUCAAAAGGAAGGUGUUCUGUUUCAGGUCAUCUCCCUUACCUGACAUAGAUGAGAUUCAAGUUUCUGCGUCCCCUUUAAGCAAAAGAUGGCAUCUGGCACCAAGAAGAUUAUGUAGUGCUAUGAAAGGAUCUAUUAAUGGUACUCUGUUUAUGUUUGUUCGGCAAUGUGGACGUGGAGCGUUUGGAUCAGCUUCUGAUUCUCUUGAUUGAUGAAAACAGAGAUGUAUAUUUUCUGUCCAGAUGAUACCUGGAAGAUGUAGUUAUCAUCCUACAUUCUUUGGAUCAAGUGUCCUCGGGGCUCUUUUUCUGCCUCAAGCACUUGGCAGUAAUCGGCUGCUUGUUAUACUUGGUAGUUAUUGAAGGUAGUUUCUGUAUUUUCUUCGAUACAAUGUGAAAUAGAUUCUUAGUGUUAAUCAUGAUAAAUCUCAUUUUGCUAAAUCAUAAGGCACUUCGGGAAAAAAUUGGAAUGUUUCUUUAGGCUACUAUUACGCCUUGCUCAACCAUGGUUGAUCUAUCAUGUAUGUGGUACAGACUUACUAAUGUUUCUUGACCUUUUUUUGCCUA